GGUUGUUGGUAUACAGAAUCGACAAUGCCCAGUCGGUUUCUAUGGUAGCAGUUGCCUGCAUACGUGUCCAAUGACUUGCAAUAACCAGCAAUGUAACAUUGACGAAGUUGGUCGGACUGUUUGUACCCACGGAUGUGUGGAUGGAUACAGAGGCAUCUCAUGCAGAAUCCACUGUCCAGUAAAUUGUCUAGUGUGUGAACGUCUCAACGGCAGCUGCAUUACAUCUCAUCUCAUAUGUACAGAUUUGUGCCAGGGAUUCCGGUGUCACACAGACCAGACAUGCUCUAAAACCACGUGUCUUGACGGGCGGUAUGGACAGAACUGCAGUAACAAGUGCUACCCCCGGUACCUGACAUGUGCCCGAUCUACUGGAGACUGCACUGCCUGCAGAGAUGGUUACUAUGGACAGAACUGUGAGCAUGAUUGUCCUCCAUGCAGCUUUACACGCGGUAGUAUGGAUCAGAUAUGUAAGGAUGGAUGCAAGACGACUCCAUGUACAGACACCACACCCGGCGACUCUGGAAAUACUGUACUGCAGCGCAUGUCUUUUUCUGUGGUUCUACUGGUACUGGUCACUUUAAUCGCGAUGCUGCUUCUGAGGCUGCGCUCACAUAGGUUAAUGUAAGUUGAAUAGUUCAGU